CCUCCCUCCUCUUCCUUCACUUCCUGCAGUGGCAGUGUUGUGCUGCUUUUGGCUUGUAAACAUGGCUACUGCUGGAGCAGCUGGAGACGACCUGAGGAAAGAGCUCACAUGUGCAAUUUGUUUGGAUUUCUUCAAAGACCCUGUUAUAUUGAAAUGCGGACAUAAUUUCUGUCGGUUUUGCAUCUGCAUGCACUGGGAUGAAAAUGGCGGAGACUACGGGUAUCAAUGCCCUCAAUGCCGAACGGUGUUCAACAAGAGGAGCUUCACUAAAAACUACUUGGUGCAGAACCUGGUGGCCAAACUGGACGAUCUGGAGUGUCUGGGGUCUUGUCCUACACCCUGUAAGCCCGUUAAAGUAGAUGGAAAGUGUGAACAACAUGGAGAAGAGCUGAAAUUGUACUGCCAGACUGAUAAGCGGCCCAUCUGUGUAGUCUGCAGGGAAUCUAGAGCGCACAGACACCAUGAGGUAGCACCAGUGCCAGAAGUUGUGAAUGACAUGAAGAUGGAGUUGAAACUGAGGCUAAUGGAGCUCAAUUGGCAGAAGUCUCAAUGUCUAAAAGUUAUGACAGCUGAUGAACGCACCAAAAGUGAAGUGAGGGUGAAGAAACAGAGACUCAAGGAGAAAAUUGAGGCAGAUGUCGGUGCCUUGGUCCAAUUCUUGCUAGAUGAGAGAGACUCCCUGCUUGAGAGCCUGGAUGCUGAGGAAGUGGCCACCAUGGCCGUCAUAGACGACAACUUGAAGAUUGUGGAGACAGAGGCGGCGGCUGUGGACAAAGCUAUAGCUAAUAUCCACAGCCACAUCAGUGGGAAAACUAACUUUGAGAGCCUUGCUCAGACAUUCAAUGAAGUCAUCCAUUGCAAGCCAUUCACAUCUCUCGAGACAGUUAAUUGUCAGACUGAAUUUACAGACUUCUCAGGGCCCUUCCAGCUUAUCAUGUGGAAGAAGAUGAUGCACGUGCUGCAUACCAUGCCUCAGAACCUCACCUUAGACCCAGACACCGCUCACCCAAACCUGCUUAUCUCAGACUUUGACACAAAAGUGGAGGAGGGUCGUGUUCGUAACCAGGAGCCAGACCUGCCAGCCCGCUUCACCCGGUUCUGUGGUGUCCUUGCCACAGCCCAGUAUGCCAGCGGCCAGCACUACUGGGAGGUGGAUGUGAAGGACAAAGGUGUGUGGUACCUGGGAGUCACCACCGAGUGCAGCAACAGGAAGGGCUUUGUCAGUCUCACUCCCUCUGCAGGAUACUGGAGCCUGUGUCUGCAGGACCGGCUGUAUGCCAACGGAGAAGACGGGCGCAUCCCUGUCGCUGACUACUGGAACUCUCCUCGGGUCGGUGUGUUCCUGGACUAUGAUAACGGGCGUCUCAGUUUCUAUGACGCUGUCACAAUGAAGAGACUGUACAUGUUUGACACCUGCUUUGAAGAGCCUGUCUAUCCUUUUUUCAGCCCAGGGAAGAAUGAUCCAGGCAGCAGGCUGCAGAUAUGCCACUAUUACUGAGAGAGCUGUGAUGAGUGUUUGAAUUUAGUUAUCUAAGAGUAAACUCAUGUAUGCCAGUGUUUUCAGAUGUGCUGUUAGCAUGGUUUUAUCUCGCAGACCAGGCUGGAGUGACAGGGUGACGCUGACCCUUGGAGCCAUGUACUGUAUGCAUUUGAGCCGUUACUUGUUGGUCUUACUGGUGUUAGAAAAUAAGGAUUAUACUGAAUAAGAGUUACCAGGUGUCUCAUUACACUUUGGUUGUAAUAAAUAGCUUAAUAUUUUGGGGUAGAACAUUUGAAAUUUGGUAUCUUUCAACCUAGACACACACUGUAGGCUUAUACCCCUGACUACUGUGGCUGGGGGUUUGGAGAGGUGCUUUGCUGUCUAUAUCACUGUGUCUGCUAGGAUGCAGAUGCCUCAGAUGCUCUUGUUAAUUAGAGCAUAUACAGCUCUUAACCCAUUAGCAACCGCUAUGCCAUAUUACUGUACAUUAACUUAUAUUGGCUAAGUUUUGGCCAGACAGGGUCAGUGCUGUUGCCUUGUUGGGUAGAACUUGAAGGACACAUGACAAAGUUAUCACAUUGAUAGUUGUUGACAGUUAAGAUUGCCUCAUUAAUUCUAGACUGAAGAACAGUCAGUCAGUGCUGAUAGUUAUCAGAAUUAUUUCACUCAACUUGGCCAGCUUGUACUGGGAUUUCAGUUCUCAGACAAUGGUUACACUUCCAAGAACAAAUGGCUCAGGUUGUUUGUUUUGUGGACGUUAACGUCGGUACAGCUCAUCUUAUCAUUUGCUCUGAGUCACAUUUUUGCAGCUUAUUUAUUGUGAGCAGUGAUACUGAAGGCAUGAAGUCAUGCCACUUUGCUUUUUGUUGGAGGUAUUUUAAAAAUCUGCUUCAUCUUAUACAUCUUAUCUCAUUUUCAGGCAAACUGUUUUCAGCAAAUUAUUAAGCUAUACAGCGAUGUCCUCAAAUAUGUUGUCACUUAGUGGGUGACCCUUUUUUAGGCGUGUUUUACAUUCCAUCAGCAACUGUCAGGAUUCACAGUCACGAGCCUGGUGGACUUGACUAAAAUGAGUUUUAUUACAUGUGUUUUUUGUUUGCUUUUUACAAAUGUACCUGCAGUAUUUCCUUUAAUUAUAUUCUUUUUAAGAAUCCUGCUAUAAAAUAUUGAUUGCUAGCUGUAGAGUUAGUCCUGGUGCUGCAACAAGUUUGUCCUGACAUUUUUAGAUCUGUUAUCCAACUCCAGUGUGUUUUGGGGUUUUUGUUUUGUUUUGUUUUUUGUUGUUUUUUAAAAAAAAAACAAUUAAUGCUGUUUUUAUUUGAUUUUUGUAUGAAUACAUGUAUCUGGACAAUUAUAAAUAUAUCUUCUGUCAUAAUUUAUGAUUUCAACUUUUUUUUUCUCAUUUGAGAUGAUAAUCUGUUUUUAUUAGUUUUUUUUGUUUUUGUUUUUUUGCUCGUACAGUUUCCCACAGUGUGGUUAUGGACCUACAAGUGGGAUGUUUUGACAUUUUACAGGGUCUUUUAUUUUUUUAAUUUUUCCAAAGGAUCUUAUUGAGGAGCAAAGUAGUAAUUUAACAGCAUGAUCAGUGUUAACACUUGAGAAUGGCGGAUGGCCAACCUCAUAUUGCUCCUUGUCAGUUUAUUUUUAGAUGUCUAAGGUGUCCAUGUGUUAGGACUGCAAAACUCUGCUCUUUAACUUUGAGUAUUUGCUGAUAAAUGUUUUGUCUAAUUUUGUAUACUUCAUUUAAUAGCUAUACAUACAUUUCAUUGCUGAAUUUUACUCAUGUGUUCAGCUUAGCAGUUGUGUCUUGAUUAAUGUGACAUAAAAAAAUAAUGGUGGUAGUCCCUGUAUGUGGCCCUUUCAUCUGCUAUAAAUGUGCUUAGUGUUUCUCAGACUUUACAGUGAGAUUAAAAGAGGAAAGAGA